UCAAAACCUAUCUAUUCAGACAAGGCGAAAAAUCAACUGAAAAAUCACUGAAAUUUAUCGAAAUAGUGAUCAGAUUUCGAAAUCUUGUGAUGCGUUGAAGACCAAGUUUGGCUGCAAAGAUGGCAACAGUUGGCUUUGACGAUCUCUUGGCGGCUUAUGGUAUGCCAGACAUGGCGACCAUCUUGGCAGAUGACAAACAACCCAUUAUGCUGGGUGCAGAUGCAAGUCCAACCGCAAAUAAAAGUAAAGAUAACGGAAAAGAUCAUGUCGAUACUGGUAUAAAUAGUCCGCCGUUCCCUUUGAUGGCAUCUGCUGCUGCUCCUAGAAUGGCUAGUCCAACUAAAGGCACUCCCAAUCAUAACUAUCAGAGAUUUUCAGGGGUGUCUCAGGUUUCCAGAAACUCGCCUAUUUGGAACUCUGUCCCUCCAGGAAAGCCGAAACUACCACAGACAAGCAGAAAAAGUGUCUCUCAACGGAGACCAAAAGCGAGGGGUCGGGCCAAUUCAAGGCCAUAUACUUACCCAGACGAGAGACAGAUGUAUCAAUCUUUUAAUAUUACUGAUCCAACGUUGACUCCUAGUGGUCCGUCUGCUGGUCAGAAUGUUAUGGUUGGACAACAGUUCAGAAGUUCCAAUCAAAGUGAGCCUCAUUCUGCAGCCCACAAGUUUGUGUCCUUGAUCCAGCAUAUGGAAAAGCCAAAGCCCGACAAUCCUCAAAAUGGCACGAAUACAUCAAAUUCCAUUGUAUUGAGUAUACCAUAUGGGAACACGCUCUUGUCAAAAGCAAAUCCUCUACCGCCGUACAAGCCACCGAAGCCACCGCCACACCUGAAAAUACCAGACACUCGUUUCCUUUGCACUGUGUGCGAUGACACAUUCAUGUUUCCAAGCAGUCUUGAGAGUCACAUGAAACGACGAAGUAUCUUUUUAAAAUUUGAUUGUAAUAUCUGUCAGAAACAAGUCGUAUUUUACAACAAGUGUGCAUUCCAUCGACACAUUCAGGACCACUUGGCUGUAAAUGAACAGGUUAAAGUAGAUAAAGCAGAUUUAAAGUUUGAAUCGCUAAGUUUUGAUGUCAUUAAGGAAGGGCUAGACAGCCUUUCUGUAUUUUCACCUGAUUUCAAUGUAGAUCUUGGGUUGUCUAGUGAUGAACCAAUUGUACUGAGUAGUGAGACCGCACCCAGUCCUGAGGUAGGUUCAGUUGGUAAGGCAGCUGAUCAUCCUUUGCCUGAAUCUGCCCAAGGUGGCCAACUGCAGGUAGAAUCUGUAGAAGGGAUUGGACUCCAAAAACCUAUCUCUUCUGAUAUUCUUGGCAAGUAUUGCUGGGAAUGUUCAGCCACCUUUAAAACAAAAGAGGAAUUCACGAGGCAUUGGACAAGUGGCUGGGAAUUUCCAUCCAAGCAUGAUUGCCACCGAUGUGGCCUGGUUAUGCCGACUGCCUGUUCGCUGAAAGCACAUGCUCGCCUGUCUCGUGGUAACCAAGGAGCUCCCCAUGUCUGUCCCGAAUGUGGUGAACUCUUUGACGGAAAGAAUUCUCUUGAUGAUCAUACAAGAUUCCAAUGUUUUCACUAUGCUCGCACCGUAACGUACCCGUGUCCUUACUGUCGUCAGACCUACACACCAAAAGUAUGCAAACGUUUCAACGAUCGCGAUGCAUUUGUGAGACAUCUAAUGAACCAUAGUGAUAACUAUUACAAGUGUAAAUGCUGUCCGAUGGCAUUCAAAUCUGAAGCUGGUCUUUACGGACACUGUGUAGCAACCCACGCUAAGGAAGACGCAAUACAAUCUCCUCAGCUGAUGAUUCACAAGUGCCCACUCUGUAACACCGUGUUCCAUCAGAGCACCCUCCUAACCACCCAUAUGCACUGGCAUUUUGAAGAGAUAGAGAAGACACGAGGCUAUGAAUUUGUGUGUCCCUUCUGUAUGGUCAAGUUUGGCAGCAACAAGAGCCUGAAAGAACAUGCCUGGACUGCACACAAAACACUCAUGUCGGAAAAAAUGGCUUCUAUUUCAGCUAUUUCAGAAAAAGGUGCCUCACCUGCAGUUACUUCAGAAAAAAGAGCCUCUGUUUCUGCUAUGUCAGAAAGAGGAGCCACAACUGUAGCUAUGUCAGAAAAAGGAGCUUCUACUGCAUCUGCGCAUUCUACUGCACUGGCCCCAUCUUUAGGACGACCAAGAAAAAAAAGACCAGAUGUAGUUGUUACCCCUCCUGAUGAAAGUAGCAAGGUCACACCUCCUAGUAAAGCAAAAGGUGUAAAGACUACUGAUGUGGUGAUGAAGACCACUUCUGUAAAGGAAAAGAAACUGAAUGUCAAGCCAAAGAAGAAAAAACAAGUGAAAGCCAUGCACAAAAAUGCUGGGCCUAAGUAUAUUUUGUCAGCACCCGGAGAGGAAACGGCUGCAGGCUCUGGUAGUCGCCCAGCAAGUGCAUUGUCCUCGCCUAUCCUGAGUGAACCUGAUGCAGACGGCACUCCUGAUUCAGAGACAUCUGCAACAAUCAAGGGCCAGUAUGCACCAUACGAAUGUCCGAUCUGUCACUUGCAGUACUAUUACAGGGACAGUCUGUUCAAACACCGCAGGGUACAUGAGAAGGAGGGCAAAUUCAUUUGUCUACUCUGCUCGGAAGUCUUCAACAACAAGAUGGCGCAGGUGCAGCAUACAAGGAUCUGCUUCCGUAUUAAGAAGGGAUUGGAUUCCGCCAACGCUCAAGUCAACAUGUUUACAUGUGAGAUCUGUGACGAGACCUUCUUUUGUCAGGACGAGUUGCAGAAGCACAUGCAAGAUCUCCACAGCAUAUCUGUGUUGCAGCAGUUUGCCUGUCUGCUGUGUGGGCUUACGUACGACGAGAAAGCUAGCCUUGAACAACAUAUUGAGGAGACCCACAAGGGCUGUGGGAAGAAGCCAACAUACAUGUGUUGGAUUUGCCAGGAUGAGAGAAUCACCAAAGGGUUUGGAAAGCGCCACUUGCUUGAAAAACACCUCCAAAAAGAACACAAGAUUUCAAAGAAUCAGAUCGAUUAUUCUCGUAUGACCAAACCAACUGCUGUAAAGGGGGCAGGAGAAGAUGAGGUGAGUCCGCAGAAGGAGGAUAAUGGUGAUCAAGAAAAGAAACGUUCAUUGGAAGGCCUUGAGUCAAAUGGAGUGACGUCCAUUGUACCGAAAAGGUUAAAAGUGGAAGGAGACAGCAUUUAUAAUUGUGCGAAGUGCAAAUUUUCCAGCGCCAACCGCAAAGAAUUUCAGAAACAUAUCAUUGAUCAUAAGAAUUCAAGGGAUGGUAUUCAGUGUCUUGAAUGUGGCAUGUGUUUCAUCGUCGAGCCAUCACUUAGAAAGCACCUCUUCAUUGUUCACAAGAUUAAAGAUUAUGAGAAGUAUGUGUCUGAAUUGGGAGGGCAGAUACCACUUUUCACAGAAACGGAGAUGCAUGAUGUCACUGGUUUUUCAGAAGUUCCAGAGAAGGUUUCUCUUUCUCCUGAAUCUAAUCCACUUGAGUGUAAAGUUUGCUACCGUGUGUUCGAGGAAGAGGCGCGUUUGAAAAAUCACAUGAGAACGCACGGCAUGGCAUUCAUCCGAUCAAAACGCGUCAAUGCAUCACCAAAGAAAGUGUCUCCACACAAAGCUCCAUGAAGGCACAGUAUGUUGGAGACUACCUUUGAAAUUGAGAUAAAAUUUCGUAUUCUGAUUAUGGUAGAUAUAGCUGAGGUGACCUCCUGGAUAUACUGACAUUGGGGCGUCAGUCGACUCGGGACAAACACUUUCAGCUAGUUGUUGAGGGUCCAAAAACAGUUGUCAAAAGGACAGGCAUAUGUAGUAAAACUGAAAUGUUUGUUGAGUAGAUCUUAAAAUCUUGAUAGUAAACUGCAUGAAUGUGUUUUAAACUUAUUGAAUUUACCUGGUUCACUUGUGAUGUAAGUUCAGAUUAGCUUAGCUUGGUGUACAGUUCUCGCAUGCAUGUUGCAUGAUUAUUUCGAGAUACAAUAAACUCCAGCAUGUUGCCAUGAACUUUUGCAAAUCACUAUUCAGGGGUUCAUUUAUUAAAAUGAUUUGAAGGUUAUGUAUCUGUUAUUUUCAUGUUUUUCACGGGUUGAAAUAUGAACUCAAGAGGCUGGGUGCUUGGAGUAUUUCAAACUCACUUCCAGAAUUUUGUGUACAUAAACUGUAUGUAUUUGUUUUAUACCGUGUAUUACAAAGAUUGUCUUGCAUAAAAGGGAGAAUAUAGGCAGGACAGUUGGUUAUUGUUGAAAGUGGCCUUAGCUGCGAUCGAUCUGCUUUGUAUAGUCCUUGCCAUCAAGUUUUGUGGGGUGGACCUGCAAUAUCGGUGCCAAUAUUCCCCCUUUAAAGCAUACAGCCACAAUUUGUGUCACUGUGUUAGAUCUUGUACCAAUCUGAUUUCCCUGUUAUGACAUGGUAUGAGUGAGUGUAGCUCUUUCUUGGCCCUAUUUCUUCCUGAUGAAUUGAAAAGCUUGGGUGCAGAAAAUUUUCUGAGAUUGCCACUGUCACAUAUGUUUGUCAUUUAUCACUAUGGAAAGUGUUAAAAUUAACAUGAUAUAUGUGUGUUAUUUUGUUGUAUUUUCAUGGUAUUUCAUGUUUCCGAGGUAGAUUCUUCAGUACAUAUGUACACGUUCGUCUACAUCAUGAAUCAUUCUAUUGAUCCCGUACAUGUUUGGUGGCAUGACUCAAAUGCUCCGGUAACCUUCACACUUCCUAUACACAGUGUGUAGUGAACAUUCACCUGCCAAGCAAUGCUGUUGAACAUGAAUGCAUACACUAGACACAUAGUACUCAGUCUGGCUCUAUUAUAUUCAGGUCAGCCUAAAAAUAGUUGGGGCCAUCCUCUUAAGUGGUAUUGAAUUAUGGCAGAGUUUCUGAUCUUGGGAACAAAGACUUUGUUUGAAUAUGAGGACGGUGGCUGUGGCAUCCCCAAAGCGUGAUUGUCAUGGUUUGGAAAACUGAUUGUGAAUUGCGGAUUAAACGUAUGUGAGUGUUUGU